UAUAUAAAACUGUAUCCGAAUUUCAUCACACAGAGUCCGGAUUUAUAUGAGUAAUUAGAUAUUUACAGUCAUAGUGAUUUCUUUCUUGCGGCAUCCCUAAUUCACGAAUCAACACAGACGCAAGGUUUUUUUCUUCCCUUCUCUUCCCAGUUUAGUGAUGAAUUCAUUAUCAUAAUUUCCUCUACACUUACAGAUUUUAUUAUUCUCAGUUGUUUUAGUUUUCCAUGGUGAGUGAAACGAUCAUCGAGAGACUAGAGCACAUUGAAAACAAAGACAGGAUCAGUGAUUUACCUGAAAGUGUUUUACUUCACAUUCUCUCUUUUCUGAAAACAACUCAAUACACUGUUCAAACUUGUAUUUUGUCCAAAAGAUGGAAGAAUCUAUGGAAACAAUUUUCCGUUCUUUCAUUGCAUUCUGAUUGCUUUAACACUCUUGAAGUUUUCAUCGAAUAUGUAUCCCAACUUUUGUCUCUUCGCGAUCAUGGAAUACCACUUCAUACUCUUAAAUUGUUUUUGUCUCCUGAAGAUAACAUAGAGUCUCACCUAUUCGAAAGGAUUUUGACAUACGCUGUUUCAAAUAAUGUCAAGAAUUUACAAGUCCUUCUCGAUUGUGAUAUUCAACACUUCCCGUCUAGCUUGUUAUCGUGUCACACUUUGACAUCUCUUUACUUUCGUGUUUUCCCUAGUCUUGAUGAUGAAGAGAAAAUAUUGUUUCCAAAUUCUCUCAAUUUUCAAUCAUUGACCAAACUGGAUAUAGGAUGUAUCGCCUUUUGUGGUGGAACGGAUCCUUUCUCGGCAUGUCCCAGGUUAAUUUGGUUGAAGAUUUCAAAUUUCAAUAUUCUAGGUGAUAAAAACCUAUGCAUAUCAAGUACCACACUUGUCAAGUUAACAAUACAAAUACAUUGUAAACCUAAGAACGAUAACAAAAUGGAGCUAUCUAUUCCAAGUCUUCGUACUUUUGCUUUUAUCGGUACUCCUUUUAAAAUUUUAUAUGCGAGCCAACUUACUUCUGUUGAGCAUAUAGAGAUUGAUGCAUAUAUGGGGAGGAAGCAUCACGCAGAGGCUCCUUCGAUUCUACUUAGCUGGUUGCUAGAGCUUGCUAAUAUCAAAAUUUUGACCGUCUCUUCUAAUACUUUACGGGCUCUCUCCUUAGUUCCUGAUUUAUUGAAGGUCAAACUCCAUACCUUGUAUGAUUUGAAGAAACUUAAAGUAAAAAUGAAGAAACUUGACUGUGGACUAUCCAAGGCACUGUCAAAAAAUAGUAUAGCGCAUCUUCCUGCUAAGUCAGAUGAAGAAAUUAUCAAGUUAAUAGUUGAGUUUUUGCUUCAAAACUCAGCUUCAACGGAAGUCUGUUAUUUCAAAGGAAACAGACGGUGUGAUUGAAAUAAAUAGUUUUGGGUGAGAACACAAGGAGAAGAUUUCGAAAACUGAGGGUGAACAUAUACAAGCUUGAGGAAUUUGUGGUGCAGUAAUUUUGGCAAGUGAUGAUUGGAAUCAAAACAAGUACCCUCAUGGCAUAAAUGCAAUAACACACAAACAAUUUUGCUAAAUAAGAUAGUAUGUUUGAAGUAUUUUUUUUCCUUUUGUUUAACUAAAUUAUAAUCCAUGUAGUUUGUUCUUAUACUUCAAGGAGAAUUGAAUAUU